AUUCGACUUACAAUAGAAAUGUGUAAGUCGUCGUUUGUGCUGUCACAUAAUGAACACCGAUGAAAUCGCAUGUGUAAUCAAUUGUGAUUGUGACAGUGACUUCUUAUGAUAAUGGAAUUAUCUGAAAUGUACAUAUCAAACUUUUACAAAAUCAUGUGAAAUUUAUUACUUUAAAACUGUUUAUAGAAAGAAGACUGUUAAUAUUUAUAACCUUAAUAAUAACGUGACAUGUGACAUUUAGGAUAUGUAUAAAUAAUUAUUUAUUGAUGAUUUCGUAACUUGAUGAUUUUUCACUAAUAAUGUCUAAUAAUAUUUUAAAUGAGAGAAGAACUGAGAAUGUUAUGGACCAUUCAGUUCUUCAAGAUUCUGAAUUUGAUGAUGCAUUAGAUGUACCUGAUUCAUUAGAAAUUACUGUGAAUGAAAAUGAUGAUACAAUAACUGUUGAAUGUGGUGGAGAUGCUAAUAGCAUAAUAUAUCCUGGUAAAAUACCUUUCUCUGCUAUAUAUGAUUUACCAAAACAAUUUAAAAGUCAACAUCGUGAUGUUUUUAUUCCUGGUGAAGAAGUGCAUGUAAACAUCAUAGAUUAUGAACGUAGUGUAACAACACAUCCUCUGAAUCCAAACUUGUACACUAUUGAAUUUAGGCAUGGACAUUUUACUUGGACAAUUAAAAAACGAUACAAACAUAUCCAAAACUUGCAUAAUCAAUUGAAAAUAUAUCGUGCAAGUUUAAAUAUACCUUUUCCAACUAAAAGUCACAAAGAAAGAAGAAUUAGUUUGAAAAGUUUAGGAGAUGUAAAAGAAGGAAAAGGCCGUAAAGGUGCAUUACCAAGAUUUCCAAAUAAACCCGAUAUGCUAGUACCUUAUGAGCAAUUAGAUCUUAGAAGAAAAGUAUUAGAAGAAUAUUUGACCAAUUUAUUAAAAAUAAAAAUCUAUUUGCAUCAUCCAGAAACAAUCAAUUUUUUAGAAGUCUCGCAUUUAUCAUUUAUAGAAGAUUUAGGAAUGAAAGGCAAAGAAGGUACUAUUUUAAAACGAACUGGAUCAGGUGCAAGAACUAGAUGUAAUUUUUGCGGUUUGCUUGAAGGCAUGUGUUGUAUUAGAUGUAAUCAUUUUUGUACAUCUUUAUGUGGAAAAUGGCAUUCCCGACAUCUUGUUGUUAAAGAUACUUUUGUUGCCUAUAUUAGGCCCAAAAAUGGUAGCAUAAAAUCAGUAAUUUUAAUGGAUAAUGGGUUUGGAGUCAGUUUUGGCAUGUAUACAACAGGUUUAAGAAAUGGUAUGCAAAUAGCAAAUCUUAGCAGACAUAUAUUAAUCAAAUGUUGGACAAGAAGAAAGGCUAAAGAAUGGAUGGAAUUUAUACAAGAAAUCAGUAACAAGGAAGGUCGAGAUUUUAUACAAUCAAAUCCACACAAUUCGUUUGCACCUUAUCGUUCGCCUAUAGCAGCUACAUGGUUUGUUGAUGGGUCAAGUUAUAUGUCUGCUGUUGCAGAUGCAUUAGAAAAUGCCAAGGAAGAAAUUUUCAUUGCAGAUUGGUGGUUAUCGCCAGAAAUUUAUAUGAAAAGACCUGUUUCUGACGAUUAUUGGCGAUUAGAUAAAAUAUUAGAAAGAAAAGCUUCUAACGGAAUCAAAGUAUUUAUAAUGAUCUACAAAGAAGUAGAAGUUGCAUUGGGCAUAAAUAGUUUUUAUAGUAAACAACGAUUAGUUGAAAAAUGUCCUGAAAAUAUAAAAGUAUUACGUCAUCCAGAUCAUGCAAGAGUAGGAAUAUUUCUCUGGGCACAUCACGAAAAGAUCGUGAUUGUUGAUCAAAACAUUGCUUUCCUUGGUGGAAUCGAUUUAUGUUACGGCCGAUGGGACAAUAAUGAACAUAGAUUAAUAGAUUUAGGUAAUACUCAUCAGUCUAGUAUUUAUAUUCCAUCUAAAGGUAAAUUUACCAAUACCAGCAGUAAAAAAAUAUCAUGCGCUAAUAUUAAUAAACAUGUUUUACUGCCACUGGCUAUUGCAACUAAUACAGUUGUAAUGGCUACUACAAAAUCUAUACCAGUAUUACCAAUGAUAAGCAACAAAACAUCACUGUCGCCAGCAUUGCCACAAUUGAAUGCUGGAGAUUUAUUAUUAAUGCAGCCUUUAGAAAAAUCAGAUACUAUGAAAUGUGAUACUCCAAAUACAGAACGUAAAAAUUUAUUUGGCAUGGCAAAAGAUACUAUGGAUAGAAUGAAACAUAAUAUUAAAUUAAAAAGACAAGAAUUAAUUAAUAUGGUAUAUAAUCCAUAUGAAGGAAGUAGUGAUGAAGAAGAUACAAUCGAUAAUAAUACAGUACAAACUGCAAUUGAAAGUAAUGAAUCAGUGACAUAUAGUGGAGAUAUAUUUUUAGAAUAUCCAGCUGUAUCUAAACUCUGGUUAGGAAAAGAUUAUGUAAAUUUUAUUGUUAAAGACUUUAAUGAUCUCGAAAAACCUUAUCAAGAUCUAAUAGAUAGAAGCACUACUCCUAGAAUGCCGUGGCAUGAUAUAGGAAUUAUGGUACAAGGUGCUACAGCAAGAGAUGUUGCUAGACAUUUUAUUCAACGUUGGAAUGCAAUUAAAAUGGAAAAAGCAAAAUUAAAUCCAUGUUAUCCAUUUUUGCUUCCAAAAUCGUAUAAAAACUGUAGGAAUUUUGUUCCAUUUCUUGAAGAAUCUGCUAUACAUAAUGUUAAUUGUCAAGUAUUAAGAUCUGUUAGCUCUUGGUCAGCCGGUUUUCUUGAUUCAGAAACUUUAGAACAAAGUAUACAAGAAGCCUAUCUUGAAGCUAUUAGUAAAGCAGAAAGAUAUAUAUAUAUAGAGAAUCAAUUUUUUAUAACACUUGUAUCCAUGGAACGAACCACAGUAAAAAAUCGCAUAGGAGAAACAUUAUUCAAACGAAUCUUAAGAGCACAUCGAGAAGGUGCAGUAUUUAGAGUAUUUGUGGUAAUGCCUUUAUUACCAGGUUUUGAAGGAGAAGUUGGAGGUCCAACUGGUACUGCCUUACGUGCUAUUACACAUUGGAAUUAUGCUUCUAUAUCAAGGGGUAGAGAUGCUAUCUUAAAUCGAUUGAUUGAAGCAGGAAUAGAAGAUCCUAGUGAAUAUAUUACAUUUCAUGGCUUAAGAGCACAUGCAAUGUUGAAUGGUACAUUAGUAACAGAAUUAAUUUAUGUUCAUAGCAAAUUAUUAAUUGUAGAUGAUAGUACUGUUAUUUGUGGUUCCGCUAAUAUUAAUGAUAGAAGCAUGAUAGCAACGAGAGAUAGCGAAAUUGCAGUAAUAAUUCAUGAUCAAGAAUUCGAUGAAGGAAGAAUGAAUGAUAUUCCGUUUCCUUGCGGUAAAUUUGCAGGAUCUUUACGAAAACAAUUAUUUUCUGAACAUUUGGGAUUAUUUAAAACAAAUGAAAAUAUAGAUAUAACAGAUAUAAUUAAAAAAUCAUUCUAUAAAGACAUUUGGUGUACAAGAAGUAAUCGAAACACAGAAAUUUAUGAAGAAGUAUUUCAUUGUAUUCCUACAGAUAAAGUUGUUAAUUUUUCCAUGUUAAAGCAGUAUCAAGAUGAAGAAUCACUUUCUUCAUUAAAUCCAAUUUUAGCUCAAGAAAUGGUAGAUCAAAUUAAGGGCCAUAUAGUAAAUAUGCCACUAAAGUUUUUAUGUAAUGAGGAUUUAAAACCAGCAGCUGGUACUGUAGAAGGAAUAAUGCCAACAGCAUUGUGGACAUAAAUUAUUGGUACUUAAAUUUUUACUAAUGAAAUGUUAAUCAAUAAUUAUAAUAUUUUUGCAGAUGUAAAUAAGUUAAUUUAACUUUUAAUAUUUUACUGACCAAAGUACAAACAAUCACAAUGUUGUGAUUAGAUAUUUUAUUAUAUCCACAAAAGAAAUACAAAUAUGUUAAAAUUAA